UUAUAUGGUUUUAUUUUGGAUUUAUUGUAUAUUAUAUUUUGAUUGAUGUGCCAGUAAUGAUGAACGUACUACGCUCCAUGUUUGGAGUAUGCAGCAGUUCAGCCGAGAAGGGAGAAGUCCACGACACUAUUCGAAAGAUAUUUGGUAGCGAGCUUGUCAUGAAAGACAACACGGACAAACACAAUCAGAGAACUAAAUACGUGAGCCACGUGAGAGAUAAUCUGCCAAAAAUGCUGGAUUCCAAAGUUUUAAGCCAAAAGUUAAAAACUUUCAAAAAACACUCCCCACCCGGAACUGAGAGUGAAUCAACGGACGAAAGGCCGGGGCGCAUUGGUCCGAAAAUUGUUGUGUUCGACGCUUCCACCGGGACUGGUCGCCUAGUGUUAGUUGGUGAUGAGCGAGUAAGUGUGCAGGGUCUUUCCAGUUUUGCGACGAUCAGGGCAACGGCCUGUGUGUAUGCUGGUAGAUGGAUGUAUGAGGUGCAACUAGGCACCAAGGGAAUUAUGCAGAUUGGCUGGUGCACGUCGUCAUGCUUAUUCUCGAUGGAUACUGGAGUAGGAGACACGGCGAACUCGUACGGAUACGAUGGUGGAAGAGUCAGGAAGUGGAAUGUGGCCACCUCUCCGUACGGGGUUGCCUGGCUACCCGGGGACGUGAUAGCAUCCUGUAUAGACCUCGAUAAAGGCACCCUGGAGUUCUUUAGGAAUGGUGUAACUCUGGGAGUGGCUUUCGACAAGGUAACCAUCGGAACUGGUCUCGCGUACUUUCCCGCUGUGUCGUUGGCGAUGCAAGAACAUCUGUAUGCUAACUUUGGACACGUGCCUUUCGUGUUUCCAAUAGAAGGUUUCGCACCUCUUCAAGCACCGCCUUCGAAGGACACUGCACGAGCUACUAUCCUAUUCAAAUCCCUGGAUGUAAUCCUGGAUGAAAUGAAUAGAUUAACCGACCUGAAACCGCCGGUUACCAAUCGUUGUAGUAAGACAAAAUCAGACUCACUGAAAUUGGAAGAGGAAGUAGCUCUGAGGAUCCACAGCUCCCACUCUGUAUAUUCGCCGCGGGCCUCACCUCAUAGCAUGGUUGACAGCCAAGCGGAAGAAAUGAAUAAAAUGUCAAGAAAGGCAUUUCUCAUGUCGCUUGCUCGGCUUGUCGUGGUGGAGCUGGGAAAUGUUCUUAAGUUGUCAUACGUGGUAGUCUCGGAGCUAUUGCCGAGGUUCAGAACGUCGCUAGGUCUGCCUGCGCAGGGCUUGACCACCGAGCCACAUGUUGCUGAGUUUUAUGCGAACGCCAAAGAACAGAAAUUUAAAGAUCUCGCACAAAGUUUUCUAAGACAGCCUCAGCCAAGGUUCUGCGCUUUGCUGGAGCUGCUGUGGACUUUUCUAGACGAGGCUGCGCUGUGUGACAUUCUGGAACAUUGUGUGGUUAGAGAGUGUCUGCUCUUUGAUCUUGCAUCCCCGGAUAUGAACUUUACACAACAAAUCGAGGGACUGUACAUACUAUGCGGUCUGAUGCAGCAUCGGAACACUCGUCAUCAUCUUGUCAAAUAUGUGCUGUUUAACAAAAUAACGUUUGACAAUUUCCUGAACAUUAAGUGCCCGGAUGACAGUGUUCUGAAGACAGUUGUUCGAAAGCCCUGGUGGCAGAAACCAACUCCUGUUCAGGGAGAGACCGACCCCAGGAUAGCUGAAAUGACUGAAAAAGGCGCCAUCAAAUCGGUUAACCUGGAAGAUGCAAUGUCUAGAAGUCGAGCGUUGGACGAGGCGAAACUGGAAGCUGAUUAUAAGGAAGAUUGCGAAAAUAUUACAAACGCGGUUCAACCUCUGGAGAGAAUACAAUUGGAGUUUUUGUUGAUGCUGUUGGACAAUACGGAUGGAACAAACAUGGUGCCAUCUACAAGGAAGAUAUUUCUUGAGAAAUUUAGAAGAUAUAUCAUGGAUAACUGUAUUCUGGAUAUGAGACUCUUCAAUGUGUCUAGAAAUUCACCAUCGAUAUCCUGGUGCUGCCAUGCGAGACUCCUCUCUGCUGUGAUGACGCUGUGGAGGGAAAACCCAUUGGGUAAUCCAAAUAUGCCACCCCAUGUGCCUCCCCGGACUUUCAUCGACGGAGAGCUGGAUUUCUACAGUGUAGAUCGUCUGGGAGGCGUUCUGCCUUUCUUAGUGAGAACAUUGAGACAGGACCUCGUGACUGUGCUAGGUGAAGACAACGCCUUCGUGCAGAGCUUCGAACCGAACUACAACAGAGCUGGCGGUAUCGAUACAGGAGUGAGCGACAUGACAGCCGGGUCGCCGGGUCUCGCAACUCUUCCUCAAGUGAUAUCCUCCAUGGCAAGAUUUAUGCAAGCCGCCGUGCCUCCUAUGCCAAACAGGAGUACAGGCGAAACUGCGUUGGCUCUGAAGGGCACCAGGUCGAUGAUGCCUGGAGCUGGUGCCAUAGACGUGAAGUCAGCUUACUUGAGACUUGUGGACGGUCUGCUUGCGUUGUACCACGGCGCUGCCAUCAAACACGCUGAAAAGCUCUGCGAAGUUCGAGAUAACCAGAUGGAUAUGGCUGACUGCCUGCAUGACAUAGAACUGAGAAUCCGUUCAGUGUCCGCCGAACUUCACAACUUCGCCGAUUCCAACGGAGACCUAACUGAUCAGGAGAAAAUCAAAAAGUUUUUAAUGGAAAAGAUAUUGAAGGAAUUGGAAAGAUCGCAGAGUGUUUACCAGGAAAAGUUGGACGCGAGCGCACUGCAGAUGGCGUGGGUGAUCGGAGCAAUAUGGACGAAGCAACGGCAACAGGAGCUGGCGAGACACUUUGCUGGCACGUUGCACUCGCUGCGACUCGCAUCGGAUCCCGAUUACGCGGCAAGUAUACAGGUCGCUAGUCGCGAGAUACUGCCCGGAAAGAGUUCUAUCUUAGGGAAGGGUAGUUACGCAUCUUUACAACUGGAGUACACUUCUAGUUCUGAACACAGUGUACAGACCCGAACUUCCAGAACCCCUACGCCUCAGUCACAAUCGGCAACUCAAGUUGAUUCUCAAAAUCACAGCGAGUUCGCGGACUCCCUGUUCGCGUUCGUGCCGGAGUAUCACGUGGAUGCUGCGCUGGAACUGUGUAACACGCUGCGACUCUACAUGCACCCCACUGUGGCUGUACAGCAGGUGCCUGAAUGGGAUGAUCUAGUUGUGUCCUGUGCUUCAUUCCUGUGUUCCGAGUUCGCGGAUUCCCGGAUCGUGCUGGCGAGUACCAGGGAAUCUCUGGUGCAGACACUGGCUUCCUUUGCAACACAACCUGCUACGAUGCGGGCUAUUGAAAGAGUGCCAAUUAAACACCAAAUGAGGAUGGUUGAAGAAUUAAUGCGGCCUUAUCAGAAUAGGGCUUGGGCUCAGUCCAACUGGGUGCUGGUGAGGUUUUGGCACGGCUCCGGGUUCGGUUUCCGGCACAGACAGUGGCCGCAUCUGGCGUCGAGGUAUGGUGAUAGGGAGCCGACAGUGAACAAUUUAGGCGCCAAAGUUGACGCUGGACUGAUGAGUCAAUGCUUUGGCCCAUGUCCUUCGGAAGUCAUUCAGUGCAGGGUACAGGACUACAUUGCCACGCACCCGAAGGAGGCAGCUCUGUUCCUCAACUCCCUCCUCAGUCAAUUGAAUUGGGCGUUUUCCGAGUUUUUCACUAUGAUGCAGGAGAUGGAUCGAAUCCAAAUUGACGCAAACCUGGAGCCCAGGCAGAUAAAGCUGUGUGCCACUUGCUUUGACCUGUAUCACGGCUUGGCGCGCGCUCUGGAGAUGACAUUGUCUCUCGCUCCCACAAUUCUCACCAAACCUGAGGCCAGCGAUGGACAGAACGAUCUUUUGCUAGGAAGGACUUGCCAGAUCCUGAUGGCGGUGGUAUCCCGUAUUUGCGUGCGUGGCGGCGGAAGCGGUGGUUUCAACCGGCUCGUAGCGCGGGGAUUACCAGACACCGACCGGGUGCAUUACUACGUUGCUCUGGCGCCCGUCGCUGGCUGCAUCAUCAGAAUGCUGGACACCAAACUAAGCGCAGAGCAUCAGGAGAAGGUGGCCAACUCUCUGGUAUCAGAGCCACUGUUCAGACUUGACGGUCUACAGUUCAUGCUCGCUGAUAAAGGUUCCAAGCACUUCUCCUUCUACCAGUAUCCUGAAGACGUAACAGCCAGUGAGAUCCAGGCGUUGGAACGUGUGAUAGACUUAUUACGGAUAACUCGCGACAAAGUGAUGAAGUCAAAGUCCCCCGGGUCGAGUGGUACGCAGUCAGAACUUCUCUGCACCAUUUGUUACGCCAGACCAGCUGAUACAGCGUUCACACCUUGUGGACAUCAUUCCUGCAGGUCUUGCAUUAUGCAACAUUUACUCAACAGUAAGCAGUGUUUCUUCUGCAAGACGGAAAUUGAUUCAGUCCGCGAAAUUGAGCCCGCUAACAACUGAAUUAUUCAUUAUGGCAACAUUUUACUCAGAAAGUUAGUGUUUAAUGGCUUCGUUUAUAGUCUGUGGAAUAUUUACAAUGCUUGUUUUGUCAUUUAGAAUAUGAUUUGAAUGAUUUAAUUAAUUAAAUAAAGCAUUGUAUUUUUUUCACUUUUUAACUGUGCAGGGCAGGGCACCUUUACCUUUGCACUUUUAAAUAUUUUUAUAAAUGAUACAAGAGAUGGCGCUACAGCAAAUUUGUUUCCCAAACAAACAAGACAGGGAGCUAUAAGCCUAUAACAAAUAUUAGCUGAAAUUGGACGUAGUUAAGCAGAAAGGACUUUUGAGUAAAGGGCAUUUGAAGUUUCAGCUUUAAAUUAUAAUCUUCAUAAAAAUAUACAAAAAAAAAUCAGUGUUCGUGUACAUUUAAAAAAAUAGGGCUUUCACUACAUGACAGAUUUCACCUUCAGGAGUACGAUGGCAUACUUAACUCUGUUUUGACAAAAGUGUGCUUUGAGUCCUUUCUGCUUAACUACGUCCAAUUAUGUAAAUAUAGAUUUUGCCAUCUUAGUUAUUUAUUUGUUACAGCCAUAGACUCAGAAUAUACUAACGUAUAUACGACCUGACAGCCCUCUGAUCAUUUUUUAUUUAUCAAUGUGUGCGUUUGCUUGUGGUUUAGUAUUUAAAAUACUAAGGGGCUAAUGCCAAGCGUUACAAUAGAUUCGCAGGUGGCUGAGUGUUUACUAUUUGAUAAUCAAAAUCGGUUACAGUUACAAUAGAUUCGUUUACCUUUUCUAUCUUGCUGUAUCUCCGUUAUGGUUGGUCUUCUCCCUCGCACGUUUUGUUUGUCUAUGGCCACAAGUGAAACAUAAAUAUGAGACCUUUCGUUAGCCGUUGUAUAUGAACAAGGAGUGAUAGACUGUCACACCAUAAGAUACAGGAUAAUCAUGGUGUAGAUAAAUUUAUACCACGUUUGUAUCUUUUUAUUUUCAAUGUCAAUGACGUUCUAUACAUAUAUAAGUACAUAUCAUUCGCAGUUUGAUAGCGGACCGGCAAAAGUAAUCUUAAAAAUAACGUAAGCACACUUUUCUCUAUAGUGACAGUUGACACACGUCAACUGUCACUGUCCGAAUCAAAUCCGAACUGAAUAAAUGUUUUAGAUUGCUGUUUAUUGACCAAGAAUAUUUUAAACAAGUGGAGUAAAUGCGGCAAUGUAAAUAUAUAUCAGUCGAAGGUAA